AUGGGUUGGUUCGAGGAAAACAACACCGAGGUCGUUGAGGAGUUCAACAACUACAACCAAUACUCUGAGAACAGGGAGCAUCACGCCAAGCUCUCCCACGAGAUCAUUGGCGGUGCUGCUGCCUUUGAAGCUGCCAAGGCAUAUGAGGACCAUGUAGCCAGAAACGGCAAGCCUGACAGCCAUGCCAAGGCCAAGGAGUUCAUUGCCGGAGCUGUUGGUGCUUUCGUUGACAGAGAGUUUGAGACUAAGGGUCUUGACUUCUUUGACAAGGAGGAGGCUAAGCGUCACGGCGAACGCAAGGCGCACAGGGAGCUUGAGGAACAGUACUAG